AUGCACCUGAUCCCUUCUGAUUUCGGCUCGUUUCUCCGUCAUGGGCUGCUUCGCCGGUACGGACCGCGCCGCCGCAUUCUCCAGGCCUUGUUGAUCUGCUUCGCGCUCUGGACUCUCCUAGAAGUGCUCCUCAUCUAUCAACGAGUCUCAACUGCGGAAGCGAUCAAGCCCCGUAUGCCACAGAAACCGGAGCGAAUAUACAUUGCGAGCAUGCACUGGAACAACGAGGCUAUUUUGCGCAGUCACUGGAAUGAUGCAAUCAUUCAAUUGGUCAAAGCAUGGGGUACGGACAAUGUGUUCGUCAGUGUCUAUGAGAGCGGAAGCUGGGAUGAUACAAAGGGUGCGCUUCGUGAUCUUGAUGUUGAGCUGGAUCGACUCGGUGUGAGACGGAACAUCACCCUCUCAGACACUACUCACGAGGAUGAGAUUUCCGUUUCUCCCUCGAGUGAAGGCUGGAUAGAUACUCCUCGCGGUCGGAAGGAACUCAGGCGAAUACCUUACCUGGCUCGGCUUCGAAAUUUGACCCUGCGUCCUCUGGAGGACCUUGAACGGCAAGGCAUAGCAUUUGAUAAGAUUCUCUUCGUCAAUGACGUUGUAUUCACCGUGGAUGACGUUAUUGAACUGCUUGACACAAACGAUGGAGUAUACGCCGCAGCUUGCUCUCUAGACUAUUCCCGACCUCCGUUGUAUUAUGAUACUUUUGCUUUGCGGGAUAGCCACGGCGACGAGCAUGUUAUGCAAAGGUGGCCUUAUUUCCGUUCUACAACAUCUCGGCAUGCGCUCUUCAACAUGUCCCCUGUUCCCGUCAAGAGUUGCUGGAAUGGCAUGGUCGCUAUGCCCAUUGAGCCCUUCGUCUCGACCACGCCGCUGCGAUUCCGUGGGAUUCCCGAUUCUCUAGCACUGUUUCAUCUUGAGGGCUCUGAAUGUUGCUUGAUCCAUGCGGACAAUCCUCUCUCUGGACAUCAGGGCGUCUACGUGAAUCCCAAGGUCCGAGUUGGUUAUAACGCGCCCGCAUACGAAAAGGUCCAUCCAGCUGGCUCCUGGCUGUCUCGACAAUAUAUUGCCUUGGCCCUGUGGGAGAACAGAUUCCGACGUUGGGCUACCACGACUCUUUUCAAGAAGUGGGUCGUGCGACGGAGAGUUGCCCAGUGGAAGAGUCUCUCUAGUGGCCGGCAUGAACCCGGCGAGUUCUGUUUAAUUAACGAGAUGCAGGUGCUCGUUGCGAAUGGCUGGGCUCACGUAUAG